GAAACCGACACACAGAGAACAUGACGCUGUAAACACCUGAAAAAGGAGGAGGUACCUGAUCUGUCAGAACAGCAGGAAAGGGUGGGGAGAAAGAGUGACAGAGGGAGGCAUGACUGAUAUGGUCUGCUUCUCUGUGGCUGAGAGAGGAGGAGGAGUGCAGUCAGGAAGAGAGAGAGAGAGCGAGCGAGAGAACUCUUCCAGGCUCUCAAAUCUUGGCUGUGGUGGAGACACUCAGGAGCAGUGCAUUCCUGAGGCAGGCAGCCAGACUGAACAAGAAAAGAUGAAGCCACAUCCUUGAUAUCGCUUGGUCACCACGUCCGACUGCCUCUGACCUCUUCUUCCUGACUGUCACCGUCUUCUCGCUUUCUCACACAUACACACACACACACACACACACACACACACACACUGAUGUUCGCAAACACUGCCUACCGCACUGGACGGAUUCUGCUGCUGUGCCAAUUGUAAAGGAUUUUGUUCCAGCAAGGCAGAGAAGAAGUGUGAGCUAAGGGGACUAAAGGCAGUGGAAAUAUAUUCUUCCUGGUUUUGGGCCGUGCAAUGCUGAGCUGAGGCAAGCUGAACUACAGCGAUCUGUUUGGAAGACCAUCUUACCAAUCACCUUUCUUCAAUCAGUCGCAGAUGGAGCUCAAAGUGUGGGUGGAUGGAGUGGUGCGGGUGGUAUGCGGACUAUCAGAAGAGACAUCCUGCCAGGAUGUGGUCAUCGCUCUGGCUCAGGCAAUAGGUCAGACAGGCCGCUAUGUUCUAAUUCAACGUCUGCGGGAUACAGAGCGACAGUUGCUGGCCACAGAAAGACCUCUUGAGUCUGUGGCCAAGUUAGGCCAACAUGGCAGUGAGGUUCAGUUCUUCCUGCGUCGCACUGGCCCGAGCAGCAGUGAUGGGCCUGGCUUAAAACAAAACAAAGUAAGCCCUCUACCCCUGCCCAAGUAUACUGAGCCGGACCUUUUAAAACGCAGCCAACCCAAGAAAUCACUCACAUUCAACCUGGGCCCAUCAACUUCUCCCAGAGCCAAGCAGUUUCAGAGGUCUCCUCAGGACACCCCAGACCAGAGAGCCUCGCCUUCCUCUUCUCCAAUCCCUCCAUCUCCUCUUACUCCAUCUCCCUCGCUGCCAAUAGGCCCAUCCAAAGAGGAGGUCUUUAGGGCAGUUCUUCAGCAACAGGAGAGACUAAGGACCAUUGAAGCACAACUCGAAACCCUAGAACGGGAGUCUCAAACUUGGGAGUGCCACUAUCCAUCUCUGUGUCCUUCACCUGUCUCUGAUGCUCGCUUCCUAGAGGAGUUGGACACUCUGGAGCAAAAAGUUCGGAUGAACCAGGCUGAGCUUGCCCACGAGCAGUACUGGGAGGAGGAGUUUCAAGCUGAGACUGAGCGGGAGCGAGGAAUGAGGAGGAAGCUCGGGGAGCUCCAUUCUAAGUUAGAUGACUGCGGAAGGCGACUCCAUGAGUUCUCUGUGCGCUCCACUCAGCUAGAGCAAGAGCUUCAGCGAGAAAGUCGGGUGGAAGCCAAAAACAAAGGGCCACAGGAGUCCCUUGAUGCUGUGAAAGCAGAGCUCCAGAGCCAGGAGAAGCACAGAACAGAGUUAGAGGAGCACCUCUCUGAGACUGAUAAAGCUUUGGGGAAGGCAGAGUCUCUGCUGCAGGCGAAACAGGACGAGCUGGAGGAGUUGAACAAGGAUCUGCGGCAGUGUAACCUGCAGCAAUUUAUUCAACAAGCCGGCGUCCUGCCUGCACACAGCCACUCACGCACAGACCUCCAAGAGCAACUGGAGCAGUUAGAACUGGCACAUCUUUUACAGGAUGGAUACAGGAAUGGCAGUGAAUCACCGCCUCGCCCUACUGCCAAACAGUUCCUGGGACAUCCACGCAACCUGCAGAACCCCCUUGUGUCCAGCCUCAACCCUGAGGUCCUGACAUCCCAAGAGUCAUCAUGGCGAUAAAACAUGGACCACAGGGCCAAAGGAAACUUGUUCACUUAUGUCACCAUCACCCCCUAUUUAACCCAUUUCUUUGUCAUUCUCAUUAUUAUUAGUACCAUGAUUUACGUCCUGUAAAUACAUAAGACAAAUAUAUUUCCAAAGUUUUGCUACUGUAAACACUGCAAAUUAUCUGUAAAAUGUAAACUAAUUUAGGAACCUUUUACUUAGCGGAAUUAUUAAAAUGUAUUUAAAUAUAAUAAAAAUAUCUUAAUGUUUUAGAGAAUAAUUUGUGCUCUUAUUGGAUUUUAUUACCUAUAUUAUGAGUCAUUUAAUUUUUACAAUGCAGAAUCUUGAAGUUAAAACUGUGUAUCUGCAACCUCCAGCAGUAAAUAAUCAACACGGCAUUCCAAA